AUGGAUUCAUCAAAUAGCACUCAUUCGAAUACUCGAACGAAAUCACAACAGAAAGUCUUGAUUAUUUUACUAUUCAUUACGAUGGGGAUAGAUGUAUUCGGUUUUCUGGUUAGUAACAUUGAAGUAUUAUUCAGCGUGCAAGUGGCUGAUGAAAAAUUCAACAAAAUCUCCGAUACUAUGGCUGGAAUCGAUAUCGACUUAGUUAUUGUAUGUUUGGCACUUUUUUUUGUAAUGAAAUUGGAUCGUCUCGGCAUUCUUAUAUUUGCUUGGAUCGAAGUAAUGUAUUUGAUUCUUGCGACAGUUAGUAUAGUAUUUGUAACUGUUAUUUAUGUUCAUAAAUCAAAAACGAGCGAUAAUGUUGCAAAACACAGUCCUGUCACUGUCGCAUAUGUUACCUUUUCUAUUAUGAUCAUGAUUGUUGGUUUGACCUCUAUAAGUGUAUCGAUUCUGAAAAUUAUCUUCAUGUUUAAAUUAGCGAAAUCUUUGAAGCAGCGAAAUCAAGAAGAUGUACAACAGCAAGAUCCUUUGAUUUGA